AUGCAAAAUGAAGAGUACACUUUUACUACAGAAAGUUAUUUUGAAUAUAAAGGAGUCUUAGAGAUGUAUACAAUAUAUUUCUAUACAACAUACAUGUUGAUAAACAGUGACAUACUACAAUAUUCUAAGAUUCAAAAAGUAUCUAAAUAUAAAACAGGCUUAAGGAUAAUUACAACAAAUAAAGAUGUACUUGACAUUCCUUGUGAACAAGAAGUUAAGCGGAAAAUUUUUAACUUUUUUAAAUGUUUAAAUGAAAACUCUGAAUCUGUAGAUUUAAACAAAAUAAUAGGAACAGCUGUUAUAAAAUUUGGAGAAAACAAUUUUUUAGUUUAUAUGAAAAAUACAUCUUAUGAAGAUUUUAGAAAAUUGGUAUUGAAAAGAAUUGCAUUUCAUUUUUAUCCUAAAGAUAAGCACCAGAUUAAUUUGGAACAUUUUGAAGAGUUUAAAUUUUUUAUUAAAGAAUCUAAAACACUGAUUCCUUUGGAAAAUAAUUCUGAUUUAGGAGGUGCAUUAUUUCAUUUUAAUAAGAGGUUAAAUGUAUUUAUUACAAAUGAGAAAUAA